AAUGUAUUAUAUAAUGUAUUCCAUAAUGUAUCCAAAUGUCAGUGCAUGAUGAUUUUUUAAAAGUUUUAAAGUUGUCUACUGUGGUCUUGAAAAGUACUCUUAUCCUCAAAAUCUAUAUAUGAGCUGAAAGGGAAAUUAUUACUCAAAACUCAUUAUGGGAAAACUUAACUACCACAAGUCUCCUUUUCCAUUGAUACAUAAGAUCCUAUAUGGUGUAUCAUAUCAGAUAUGUGUUAUAAUCAUUUUAGUGGUUUACACAGGGCAUAGUUGAAAUGGAAUAAAGUGAUUUGAUCAAAUGUUACUGAUAUAAAAAAACAGAAUCAAUCAAUACUGUUCUUGUUAGUGUGGAGUGGGUAACAGGUGCGCUAUCUUGCUUUAUUAGCUGGGUGCUCUGCCAUAUGUGACAAUGACUUCCAAUAAAAUCCCAAGUUCAAGAACAUUGGGAUACGGCGGCACUCCAAAAUCUUUAUAAAAAGGUGAAAUGAGGUGACGUCUUUUUGUCCUUUUUAUUAUUUUUUGAAUGGGAGUGCCACUGUUUCCCAACUUCUUGAACUGUUUGUGUUAAUAUCAGAGAGUAUACGCCCCUUAUAAUAUUUAUUGCUACAGAUGAAUACUUAUUGACCAGUGAGUCUCAAUCCUUCCUCAGAUGACUUUCUGAGUCUCCAUAGUGUUCAGACCUCCACCUGUUCAGACCAUCACCAUACAGUUCACAGGAUGUUGACGUUUACGUUGCUGCUCCUGGCUUUGUCAAGUCUCCAUGCUGCCCCACUGAGGGAUGAUGUAGUGGCACCCCCUAGAGGUAGGCUUCAGGAUCACAAGGUCCUGGUUUUUCCCCGGAGUGUCCCAGUGAGGGAUCAUGUAGUUGCACCCCCUAGAGGUAGGCUUCAGGAUCGCAAGGUCCUGGUUCUGCCCCGGAGUGUCCCAGUGGAGGAGCGCAGACAGGGAACAGAGCCCUCCAGACGCUUCAUCAUGGACCUGAACACUGGCCUCGUCAAGGAACACAUCAGCGAGAUGGACAGGAGAGUGGGACACAUGUACGUUCCUCCCUCUGUGGAUGAGUUCAGACAGGGAACCGAGAACUCCCAGAAAACUCUGGUGGACAUCAGGAGCGGACGCAUAAUCAAACCUGUUGGAGAGAUGGCGAGAAGCAUGAAACUGACACCUCAGGAGCCUAUGGAGGUCCCAGUCCCAGUCCAGAGGAGAGUGGGAGGAUGGGUGAGGGCUGAUGUUCUGCCCCGGAGUGUUCCAGUGGAGGAGCGCAGACAGGGAACAGAGCCCUCCAGACGCUUCAUCAUGGACCUGAACACCGGCCUCGUCAAGGAACACAUCAGUGAGAUGGACAGGAGAGUGGGACACAUGUACGUUCCUCCCUCUGUGGAUGAGUUCAGACAGGGAACCGAGAACUCCCAGAAAACUCUGGUGGACAUCAGGAGCGGACGCAUAAUCAAACCUGUUGGAGAGAUGGCGAGAAGCAUGAAACUGACACCUCAGGAGCCUAUGGAGGUCCCAGUCCCAGUCCAGAGGAGAGUGGGAGGAUGGGUGAGGGCUGAUGUUCUGCCCCGGAGUGUUCCAGUGGAGGAGCGCAGACAGGGAACAGAGCCCUCCAGACGCUUCAUCAUGGACCUGAACACCGGCCUCGUCAAGGAACACAUCAGUGAGAUGGACAGGAGAGUGGGACACAUGUACGUUCCUCCCUCUGUGGAUGAGUUCAGACAGGGAACCGAGAACUCCCAGAAAACUCUGGUGGACAUCAGGAGCGGGCGCAUAAUCAAACCUGUUGGAGAGAUGGCGAGAAGCAUGAAACUGACACCUCAGGAGCCUAUGGAGGUCCCAGUCCCAGUCCAGAGGAGAGUGGGAGGAUGGGUGAGGGCUGAUGUUCUGCCCCGGAGUGUUCCAGUGGAGGAGCGCAGACAGGGAACAGAGCCCUCCAGACGCUUCAUCAUGGACCUGAACACCGGCCUCGUCAAGGAACACAUCAGCGAGAUGGACAGGAGAGUGGCACCAGUGUACACUCCUCCCUCUGUGGAUGAGUACAGACAGGGAACCGAAAACUCCCAGAAAACUCUGGUAGACAUCAGGAGCGGACGCAUCAUCAGGCCUGUUGGACAGAUGGAAAGAAGCAAUAGACUGAUACCUCAGGAUGUGAGGCUGGUCGAGGCUGAGGUUGAGGUCAGGAGUGUUCCAGUGGAGGAGCGCAGACAGGGAUCAGAGCCCCCCAGACGCUUCAUCAUGGACCUGAACACUGGCCUCGUCAAGAAACACGUCAGUGAAAUGGACAGGAGAGUGGCACCAGAUGACAGGCUGGUGAGAGCUAAGGCUGAGACUCACUCAGAGACAGAGUGUGUUGGUGAGGUCAUCGAUGGCCACUGCUAUCAGUUCAACCCCACACUAAUGACCUUCAGUGAGGCAGAGUCCUCCUGCAGCGUUCUCUCCCCUCACGGACACCUGGCCUCCGUAACCAACGGCGACCUGCACUCCCGCCUGGUCUCCAUGGUGACCAAGGCCACCAAGAGCCCCGUCCUCACCUGGCUAGGUGGAGUCGUGAAGGAUGAGCAGUCAGAGUGGACCGACGGGUCCGCCUGGGGCUACAGUGACUGGAUGCCCGGUCACCCAGACACACAGACAGACAAGCAGGCUUGUCUGGAGAUGUUCAGAAUUGAUGAGAGCUGGUGGACAGCAGUGGACUGUGAACUGAAGAGAGCUUCCAUCUGCUCCUUCCCCAUGGCAGCAUAAGAGGCCUGCACUAACUGUAGAAUUAGAACAAGUAGAAUGGACAUUACAAUGUAUUAUGAAAGGGACUGGUCACUCGAUGGCAAGUUGCAACAUACAUAGCAAGCAACAAAACCUGUUGGAGACAAACACAACAGAAAAGUGAAAUUAACUAUUUUUUCCCCGAUUGGUAGCGAUAUCAGGUCUCACUAGUAACCAACACAUGAAGUGUUCUAUUGAAGUGUUCUAUUCUGCCACCAUCUUGAGUGACAUUAAAAAACACAUGGAUUUGUAUAACUAUAUCCAUUCUACACAUUCUGUUUCCAUGCAGUAAUCAUGUGAACCAUAAAACAUCUGCAUCCUGUUUGUAUCAAGUUGUAUGUCCUCCCUUAAAAUAAAAACGGAGUAUUUUA